CACGUCAGCGCGAGCACGUGAAACGCGAUUAUCCAGCAAACCGUGAAUCUGACGAAACGUUGUUAUAGAGCCGUGACUUAGUUCAAAACAAUAUCAGCCGCGGUCAGGCGGAAAGAGCCCGUGAUAAAACUUUAGCAGGACUGUAAUGAAUAAAGUCCGUCAGUCAAUAUAUUAAUGAUGGAUAAUCCUGAAGAAGAUUCGCUGAACCUGCACGAAGAUGAAGAAAUCAUCGAGGUUAUUGAUCUCGAUGACACAGAACAGACCGCAGAGGAUCUGGCGGAGGAGCUGGAGGACGUAGAUUUCUCUGAGGCUGGGAAUGCAGAUGAUGACGGAUGGGAGACGGAGGAUGAGAUGGAGUCUGAGCAGGAUGACAGUGAACUCACCUUCUCCAAACACACGGGUUCUGUCUUUUGUGUUAGUUUGGACCCAGUGAGCAACAGUCUCGCUGUCACCGGCGGAGAGGACGACAGGGCCUUCGUGUGGAGCGUGUCUGAUGGAGAUGUGCUGUUUGAAUGCACGGGUCACAAGGAUUCUGUCACAUGCGCUGCGUUCAGCUGCGACUCCAAGCUGGUGGUGUCUGCUGAUAUGAGCGGUCUCAUUAAGGUCUGGAAAGUGGAGAACAAGGAGGAAAUCUGGUCUUUUGAGGUUGGAGACCUGGAAUGGUUAGAGUGGCACCCCUGCGCUCCGGUCCUGCUGGCCGGCACAGCUGAUGGGAACGUCUGGAUGUGGAAGAUCCCGAGCGGAGAGUGCAAGACCUUUCAAGGGCCCAGCUGCCAGGCGACCAGCGGGAAGAUCCUUCCUGACGGAAAGAGAGCAAUCGUGGGCUACGAGGACGGAAGUUUACGUCUGUGGGACUUAAAACAAGGCAAUGCCGUUUAUGUCAUCAAAGGUCAUGAUGGUCAUCAGGGAGCGCUGACUUCUAUAGCGUGUAAUAAAGAGGGAACGCUGGCUCUGACGGGGUCAGUGGAUGGUCAGGCUAAACUCUUCAACACAUCCACAGGAAAGGUGUUAUGCUCAUUGUCCAAUGAAAACAGUGAAGCAAAAGACUCAAUGCAGGAGCAGGAUUCCAACUCUGUAGAAUCUGUGGGAUUUUGUAAUGUGUUACCCUUAGUUGCUGUUGCAUAUCUGGACGGCACCCUGGCCAUUUAUGAUAUGAAUUCACAGAGCCUCAGACAUCGGUGUAAACAUGAGGUGGGUGUAGUGCACCUGCAGUGGGAGGAGGCGUCUGCAGUCGUCUACACCUGUAACCUCGCUGGCGUGGUCACUCUGUGGGAUGCGAGGUCAGGAGUCAUGAUGUCAGAGUACUGCGGACACUCGGCUGAGAUCCUUGACUUUGUGCUGAACAGAGACGCGUCAGUCGCCGUCACCGCCGGAGGAGACCAUCAAGCCAAAGUGUUCUGCCUGCAGAGACCCGACCGGUAGAGAACGUCUUCAUCUGGAUCCCAUUAGACUUCAGCAACUGCAGUACACAGUCACCUGUAAACUGCAGCUUUUUAAAGUUUUAACAGAGCUGUGCUGUUCUGUCUUUGUCAUUCUUGUCAUGACUGAGUAAGCCUGACAGAGCGAUUGUUCUUGUCUUUUGCUUAGGCUACAUACAGCUGUAAUUGGGAUGUCACAUACAUUAUAUGGCCAAAAUGAUGUGGGUUUUAUCUGUUCUAGUAUUGUUUAUAAAGACAAAUCUCAGUACUUCACCAUACAGUUACAUUCUCGAGAAAUGCGUGCCAGACGUUGAUGCAGUCUGUUGCAGCGCUGUCAUGCUGAAGUAGAA